AUCAAACCAAAACCGUUAUCCGUCUCCCGCUUGGCUCUCACUCUCCCUCUGGAUAAACCCACAAAACAUUUCUUGUUUUCUUUUUUCAUUUUUCUAACUUUACAGUUGUGAAUCAGGUUUCUACAAAUUUCUCAUUCUUGGUCUAGUUUCUUUGGCCAUAAUCACUGCCAUUUAAUCUUUGAAAUUUGGAUUGCAAAUAUGAUUUCUAGGCUUGUGGGGUUUGCGUGAUUGACUGAUUUAAUGUCUAACUUGGCGUGCUUAGUGAGCUUGUUCGAGCAAGAUUGUGUCUUUACUGCUUCAUGAGGCUUAAAAUGUGGAAGGCGUUUCAUGUUCUUGAUGAGCACUUCACUUGUCUUAUGUCAAAAUCUAGUCUUGUCUAAUCAUAGUUGUGUCUCGGAUAAUUCUUUUCCCUGUGGCAAUGCUUCGAUUUCUGGGGUGCAAUUGAGUUGUGGGAGGAGAAAACAUAGUGGGCUGGUGCCGAAUGCAAAGAAAAGGCAUUCAAAGAAGAGGAGUUGGUGGCAGAGGUUCUUCUUUGAUGAGGAUGGGAAUUGGCUUGGUUUGAAGGAUGAUGCUGCAUUCGAAGUGCUAGAGGAGGAGGAGGAGGAUGAGGCAAGUGAUAUGGGUUUAUCCGCGAAUGAGAAGUUUGAGGCGUGGAGAAGGCGAGCAGAGGCUAUUGUGGAAUUGAGGGAAGCACAGAAGGAUGUGAAGAAUGAGGAGAAGAGGAGGUGGGAGGACUGGAUUGUUGAUGGAGCUUAUGGUGAUGAUGAUGUUAAUAAUGGUGGUUCGUGGGUUCAAGACUCGAAUGGGGCGGUUGGGAAACUGGGAGAUGAUGUUGGGGAUGAUUUUAGGGAGGUUUUUUCUGGUAGAGGGUUGGCUAAGUCUGUGAGGGAUUUAGUUCUAGGCAGAGAAGAUGAUGAUAUUCUGUAUGAAGAUCGAGUUUUUCGCUAUGCCUCGUUCAAUUCGGCUAAAUUUUUGGCAGUCCUGAUCAUUGUUCCAUGGGCUGUGGAUUUCUUAGUUCAUGACUACGUUCUUAUGCCUUUUCUGGACAGAUAUGUAGAGAAAGUACCACUCGCGGCACAAUUGCUUGAUGUUAGGAGGAAUCAAAAGCUUGAAAUGGUCAAGUCUCUAAAACUUGAGAAAGCACGAUAUCGGCUUGAAGUAGAGAUUGGUAAAUCUCCCCCUCUUUCUGAUAAGGACCUUUACUUGGAGUUACGACAAAAAGCGUUAGAGCUGCGAGAUGAAUGGAGAUUAGAGAACCGUAAAGCAUUUGCUAACAUUUGGUCAGAUAUGUUGUUUGGGAUCUCAGUAUUCCUUCUUCUGUACUUCAAUCAGAAUCAAGUAGCCUUGCUGAAAUUUACUGGUUAUAAGUUACUGAAUAAUAUAUCAGACACCGGAAAGGCGUUUCUUAUAAUACUUGUCACCGAUAUUUUUUUGGGAUAUCACUCUGAAUCGGGCUGGCAAACACUGUUGGAGGUCAUGGUAGAGCAUUUUGGGCUAGAGAUCGAUUCGAAUUCCAUAACAAUCUUCGUGUGCCUGAUCCCUGUUAUCCUUGACGCUUGUGUGAAGCUGUGGAUGUUCAAGUUUCUGCCAAGAUUAUCCCCAAAGGUGGCCAAUAUUUUCCAGGAGAUGAAGAGACAUUAGGAGGAUUUCGCUACAUACACACUGAUCUAGAUAGCUGGAGACAGCCAGACAGAUGACCACUAGCUGUAACGAGUUCUGGAGCCUCGGGGAUUUUCCAAAUGUCCGUUUCUGGCUUGUCGUGUAUCGCGUUUGUUGAUCUUGUGGUGCUACCUGCCAUGAGUUGUAGGACCUUGUAGCAUUGAAGAUGAUGAUGCCAGUGGAGACACAUGCUCUGUUGGUUUGAAGUCCAGAAUGCACAUUUAUUGCAUCUUAUUUGGAUCAAAGUUUUCAUGAAGAACGAAUGGAGUUUGACUGCGCCUCCUCGACUCCCUCCACCGGAGCCUCCCCGGCCCGGACUUAAAAUUAUGGUAUGUGUUUUGCUUUGGCGUUGCUUGCAUGUGAAUUAGGUCUUAUCUGUAUGUUUAGGGCCCCCCCUAUCCUGCUAGUGUGUGGGGUCUUCGGGUCUAUCUCCACCUGCCAGUGACGCUCGUCCAACCCAAUUUAAUUCAACAUUUUAAUAAAUAUUUAAUUCUAUCGUAUCCACGUACACAACCUUCAACUUGAUUUUCUACUGUCAUUUCAUAACUCGACUUAAUAAAAUAUUUUAAAUU